CUUGGACUAGAGGGAGGCCCAUCCUACUGGACUUUGACUUCCUGACCGAACCUAACUCGGGGUUCGCCGGGUCAUUUGAAUUUAGAUUAGCUAAUCGCAGCUAAACAGGAGCACGAUGGUCCGACUCACCGAGCCGGCGAGUUCACUUCGUAGUAUGACGCUCACGAUCGAGUCUAGAAUUCAACUGGUGUCAGGUAAUAAUUUGUAGUUCUAUUACUCGUCUACGGCUAAACCAAUGAGAAUCCCUCGUACGGCACGACCAUAGGCUACACAAUGCCACUCCUGGGAUUUGGCGUGUAUCAAAAUUACACCACCCAAACUUCAGUUCUUGAAGCACUUCGAGCGGGCUUCAGACACGUGGAUUCAGCUCAAGCUUACCGCAAUGAAACUGCUGUUGGGGAAGCUGUCAGAGAUAGCGGCAUUGACCGAGGAGAACUUUUCAUUACGACGAAAUGUGUCAGCAAAAACCAUGGGUAUGAGAGCACGCUGAAGGGUGUCGAUGAAUCUCUCGCUAAAUUUGGCUUUAAGUACAUUGACCUGUUUCUCAUUCACGACCCGUGGUCUGGCACGGAGCGCCGCCUAGCCACAUACAGGGCUUUGCAAGAUGCCCGUGAUGCGGGAAAAAUACGAUCUAUAGGCGUUUCAAAUUACGGGAUUAAGCAUUUAGAAGAGAUUGCAGACGCGAAAUAUGAUAUGCCGGCGGUGAAUCAAAUUGAGCUUCACCCGUUUUGCCAGCAGCGGCCCAUAGUGGACUAUUGCCGUGAACACUCGAUCGUGGUCCAAGCCUACUGUCCGAUUAUGCGAGGGAAAAUGGAUCAUCCGAUCAUUCAAGCAAUAGCGCAGAAUCAUGGUCGCGAUGCAGCCCAAGUGCUCCUUCGGUGGUCGCUUCAAAAAGGGUUUGUUCCGCUGCCCAAAUCAGCAACGCCAGAACGCAUUAGAUCAAACGCUCAAUUGUAUGAUUUUGAGCUUGAACCCGAAGAGAUGGAACAACUCGACGGACUUGACCGUGGAAAGGAUGGGUCCAUCAGCUGGAACCCUGUUGAUGCUCCGUAAUUAUUAAGUCAUCAUUUCUAAAGCGCCAGCUUUGCGUCAUGUCCCUACUGAAAGAGGCUUAUCGAUCAAACCUACGAGGUUUUUAUGUCUAAUUCACGCAGCCACGACAACGUCAUAUGAUGCAUCAUUGUCUUCGUCGCUCAAAAAGGGUCUCUUGUAACGGAUGCCAUCGUGAUCACGCCUGAAAUUCGCGUCUUUUAUGAGGCGAUAACUUGAUAUACAAGACGAAGCAGG